AUGUUAGCCAUAUUGGCAUUUAUUGGUGUUGUGGCUUGUCGGCUGAUCUGUGUCGAUUCCAAUCCAUUGAACUGCUAUCCGGAGCUUUUUGUGCCGUCAUUAGACUGGAAACCGGUGAAAGAGGGCCAAGUUAUCCCCGCAGGCCUUGAUAUUCGUCUUAAUAUAGACACUUUGGAACGAGAGGCAAAGCUCUCGUCAGACGACAGUUUUUCUCAGGAAAACAGUAUAGUGGUGAUGGCUGACGCCGCUGAGGAUACAGUAAGCGAGUCGUUGAGAUACAUUGCCGGGUUUGUGGAAAAUGGUGCCGGAGAAUCUAAUGUUCUGGUUGACAAGCUUGAGUUUCUUUCGGAGAUGAGCUCUGAUCUGGAGUACGGUGCAGAUAUCAUGGGUUAUUUGCAGGAUAUUUUAAUCUUGUCAGGACUGUACGACCAGAGGUCUGUUGGGGUGAUUUCUUCCGAGGUUUUGUCGCAAGUCUCUGAACUGAGCACGAGUAUCUUGUCGUCGUCUCUGCGAAACAAUCCUCAAGCGCAGGAGACGUUUGUGAGAUACUUUUUAGAGCCGAAAGAUUUCAUUCUACGACUACUUGGGUCCAAUGUCAAUGAGGUGCUUGUUCGUCGAAGAUUGGGUAUUUUGGGCUCGUUGGUGACGAACAAUAUCUUCACAGACCAUUUUGACGUGAUCCGUUUGAAACUGCUGAUACUGUAUGGACAUGUUGGCGACGAUUCUACGAAGGAACGCAUUUUGCAUAUAAUCACCGACGUCCUUGGCCAGGAGGAGGACGAGGUGCUGGACCGGCAGUUUGCUGUGCUCGCGCAGGCGACUUUGUGCGAGCAGAGCCAGCUGACUGCAGACGUUCUGGAUCUACUUGGACAGCUGGAAAAGGUGAAACUGGUGGACAAGUCCUUAUUUAAGGCCACGCCAGAGUUUCUGGAUUGGCUCAACACGCAGAUAGAGACGCUGCGUGAGCAGAAGGCCCCGCAGCUGGAGCGGUUUAAAGAGCUACGGCAUGUUGUGUUUGGCAACCCCAAGGCGAUGAGAAAGAGUUAUGACGAGCUAUGA